GCUGAGCGGCGGGGGGCCGGCGGGGCCCCGCAGCUCCAACAUGACGGGCCGCGUCUGCCGCGGCUGCGGCGGCACGGACAUCGAGUUGGACGCGGCGCGCGGCGAUGCGGUGUGCACGGGCUGCGGCUCGGUGCUCGAGGACAACAUCAUCGUGUCCGAGGUGCAGUUCGUGGAGAACAGCGGCGGCGGCUCGUCGGCGGUCGGCCAGUUCGUGUCGCUGGACGGUGCUGGGAAAACCCCAACCCUAGGCGGUGGCUUUCAUGUGAACCUGGGAAAGGAAUCAAGAGCGCAGACCCUACAAAAUGGUAUUCCCUACCUCAUCCUUGCUGACCGUGGGUGGGACAGGAGAGGGAGGGGACAGGAUGCUGGGUUAGGGGCGGCGCCACAUCCACCACCUGGGGAGCCAGCUGCAACUGAACCAGCACUGCCUGGAUACAGCCUUCAAUUUCUUCAAGAUGGCUGUAAGCAAGCAUCUUACCAGAGGACGGAAGAUGGCCCAUGUGAUUGCUGCCUGCCUCUACUUGACAUGCUCCUGGACCUCAGCGACCUGCUCCAGGUUAACGUGUACGUGUUGGGGAAGACGUUUCUGCUCUUGGCGAGGGAGCUUUGCAUCAAUGCACCAGCUAUAGACCCAUGCUUGUACAUUCCACGCUUUGCUCAUCUCCUGGAGUUUGGGGAGAAGAACCAUGAGGUAUCCAUGACAGCCCUGAGGCUUCUGCAGAGAAUGAAAAGGGAUUGGAUGCACACGGGCCGGCGUCCCUCUGGCCUCUGUGGAGCAGCGCUUUUGGUUGCAGCCAGAAUGCAUGACUUCCGGAGAACGGUCAAAGAGGUCAUCAGUGUAGUCAAAGUGUGUGAGUCCACGCUGCGGAAGAGGCUCACAGAGUUUGAAGACACUCCCACCAGUCAGCUUACCAUUGACGAGUUUAUGAAGAUCGACUUGGAGGAGGAGUGUGACCCCCCCUCAUACACGGCUGGACAGAGGAAGCUGCGCAUGAAGCAGCUGGAACAGGUCCUGUCAAAAAAGCUAGAAGAAGUUGAAGGUGAAAUAUCCACUUACCAGGAUGCCAUUGAAAUUGAGCUAGAAAACAGCCGACCAAAAGCAAAAGGGGCUCUCGCCAACUUGUCAAAGGAUGGCUCCGGUGAGGACGCCACAUCCAGCCCAUUCUGUGAGGAAGACACUGAAGAUGAAGAGCUGGAGGCUGCUGCCAGCCACAUGAACAAGGACUUUUACCGAGAGCUCCUGGGGGAGGAUGGCGGCCCAGAGGCAGCAGAAGACCCUGAUGGGGGGAACAGACCCCUCGCCCUGGAGUCCCUACUUGGGCCCCUGCCCACAGCAGCCAGCCUGGGCAUCUCCGACUCCAUCCGAGAGUGCAUCUCCUCCCCAAGUGGGGAUCCCAAAGAGUCUUCAGGGGACGGGGAACUGGACCUCAGUGGCAUCGAUGACCUUGAGAUUGACAGAUACAUCCUGAACGAGUCAGAAGCCCGAGUAAAAGCUGAGCUGUGGAUGCGGGAGAAUGCUGAGUACCUGCGGGAGCAGAGGGAGAAAGAAGCAAGAAUAGCGAAGGAGAAGGAGCUUGGCAUCUACAAGGAGCACAAGCCCAAGAAGUCUUGCAAACGCCGGGAGCCAAUCCUAGCCAGCACAGCUGGGGAGGCUAUUGAGAAGAUGCUGGAACAGAAGAAAAUCUCCAGCAAGAUCAACUACAGUGUGCUACGGGACCUUAACAGCAAGGGCAGCGGCAGUCCGCCCAGGGACGAUGCGCAGCCCCCAGAGAAUGCAAGCACUAAGAAGCUGUCACGGAGGAAACGGACAGCUACCAAGAAUAGUGCUGAUCCUGGCACAAGCAUGGGGAAGAGAUUGAGGCCUCUGGUGUCUGCCCCGCCGGCUAAGAAGGCAGCUGUGGGAGAGGCCCUGCUCUUAAGUUCCCCCACCUUGGGAGCUGAGCCUGUCAAGCCAUCAGCAGUCUUGGUGGAGAGUGGCCCUGUGUCGUACCAUCCUGAGGAGGAUGCAGAUGAGGAGGAGGCCGAGGAGGAGGAUGGAGAGCCGUGUGUCAGCGCCUUGCAGAUGAUGGGUGGCGAUGAUUACGGCUGUGAUGGUGACGAGGAUGAUGGCUACUGAGUGGAACUCAAGACCAGGUGGCGUCCUGGUGCUGGACUCCAAGUGUAUCUGUUUUAUGGGUGUCAGAUGGGCCCUGGGGCCACGGCUCACAGCAUGGUUUCUGACACUCGACCAGUCAAGCACUGCCCACUUACUUGCAGCUCUCUUCCCAUGGCCGCACUGUGGACCAUUGUACUUACUGUUGGGAAUCAUGUUUUGAGCAAUGUAAGGGAUAUUUUUGCCCGGCAAGGGAAACUAGCUGUGUGUUUAUGUGUAAUGAAACAUGGUAGAGAGUAGUCAGGUCUGAUCCCACUUCAUGGGCUAGCCUACUAGUCACUAUUUACCAGGGAUCCUCAGGCGGACACUGUGUCCUCCCGUCACAAGGAAAUUGAAGCACAAGGGCUUCAGUCAAGAGGUAGAGCCCUGCUCUUAGCCUGCUGCCAGUGCUCUCUGCCCUGUCCUUCCCAUCCUGGAGAGAGAUGUUAAGCAGGAGACAUGUGGCAGUUAUUGCUCUAUACUAGGCGACCAUAGUCUGGAGUCUCUGCCUUUAACUUCAGCACCAGCUUCCUGCAGACAGGAUGCUCCCUGCCAUUUCCAGUGUCCACUCACCGUCUUGAGCCACCAGGAGCAUCCUAGGCCUCAGCCUCCUGCUUAGGACUCAUACGCUGUGGACCCAGGAAGUUUAUUAGUCAAGUUUAGCAGCAGCAGCGAGAAAGUGGAGACCAGCAAACCAUGUACACCUGUAUGCAGCUUUCUGUUGAUGUCUAGCACAACCUAUGUGGAGUUCUGGCCCUGCCCCAUCAGUUAGAAUGAACCUUUAGUAUGCCUGAACAGAGCCCUCUGCCAAGAAGCCUGCAAGCUCUCUCCUGGGCCUCUUCAUGAGAAGGUACACAGAGUACCCUUGGUGCAUUUAACUCUGGCCUUGUUUCCUGGAUGCAGCGUUGGAUGCAGACUACUUGACUUUCAGAUCAAGAGGUGGGGACCAGGCCUGAGGUGAUGAGUUGGGGCAGCUGCAGAUGAGAGUGAAUGGGCCGGACAGGUAGGAAGUGAUUUUGGUGAAAUAUUACAAGAUGCUUUGGGAUUCUCUGUGGGAAUGUGGAGCCAUACUCAAAGGCCCUUCCCAGAAGUGAGCUCAGAACUGUGGAAGGGGAGAAUAGUUUUAGGACGUUGUUUUUAUACAGCAGGACUUGCCUGUGGCAUGGAGAGAGUCCAGGGUGAGGGGUGGGAGGUAGGAACUUGGGAAAUAGAAACAAUGACCCUGAGAGGAGGCCUGAGGCCUGCUCCCCAGCUGUGCCUGUCUGCCCCAGAGACAGCCGGAAGAGAGGCCGGUGCUGGGAAAUGAGAAGGGCUGGGAAAGCCAGAGCGCCCCUGUAAAGUAAUUGAGUUGCUCACUACUAGGUGAGUAGCAAAGUGGGGGGGAGGGAGGGUCCUGAAAUGUGGAAUCCUUGGUCACAUGGUUGGAGAGACCAGGUGCUGAGAAGGAAGGUCCCAGUAGAGGGCAGCCGUGAAAUGGGUAAGAUGCUUCUAAGCUGAGGUCAUAGCCUUGUGGCUGAGCUACCAGCAGCACCAGUGUGAGGCUCAAGGAGGCACUGGGUCUGUGUGACCCCACUAUGAAUGCAGUUAGUCCAUUUCUGUGUGUUUUUUUUUUUUUUUUUCUGACUGGGAUUAUCACACCAGAAUCCCCCUGCCUGGAGUCUUCUCAGAGUGCAGAGCAUUACCUCAGGUAGCCUCCUGGGCAGAAGCAUCCUCACUACCCUGGACCUUAGAAAAGGGAAGGAGGGGACGAGGGGUCCAUUGGAUCCUGCAUUCUAGACUGAGACCUGUGUGGUGGGCACACUUGAGUGCUGAACAGACCAGAUAGCUCACAUCUCCCAGCCUCUUCUGUCUUCUGUCUUCCUGCCAGGGGAGGGGGGUGCAAGGGAUACUACAUGUAGGACGUACCAUCCAAGUUUCUUGCCAGCCCCCUAAACUGAGGAACCUAGUAUUUAGUGGUUGCCACCAUCCUCUGCAAACUGGGUGGUCACUGGGGCAAUGCAGUAGCAGUCAGCAAGGUUCCUGAUAAACCUAGACAUGUGAGGCCUGGUAGAGUGUGUGCCUGUCCUUAGAGGUAACUAGGGGAUGCUUUCAGGAGCUGGGCCACAGAGUGAGAGGUUAUAGGCAUGCAAGGCUCUUGUGCCCAUUGAGAAGCUAGUCCAGCCUACCCUGGACCUGGAUUUUCUGAUUCAGGUGCUUUGUCCUGGUGUACACUACUGAGCACUGAGAAGUGAGGUAAGCCCUGUGUGGGGAGGGGCACUCCUUUUAUACCUAGUUAGAAGAUGGAGACUGGGGUUUGGCACAUCCUUUGCCCUGUCUAGGACCAGGGACGGAUACACCGUGCCAGUAGGAAAGAAUACGUGGAAUGGGCGUGGACCCAGCUCGAUAUAUUUGCCUCUGUUUGGAGUAUCUCUAGAUGGCAAGUACCCUACAAGAAUCUCCAGAGACCAGGGAAGAAAGGCCUCAACGGUGUUAGUGAGGGAGUAUAGUCGUACAUGGGGGUACAUGCAUCUUAGGAUACCUGUUAGACCCAGUUUCUUUCUGGUCUCCCUUCUAAGAGUGUAAAACAGGAGUUAGGUAAAGGGGGACUGAGGGAGACUGUUCAGUACCCCUGGAGACUGUUUCCUGCAUAAUGGAUAACCUGGGCUCUGAUUGCUGUCUUCUCAGCAGAGCGCAGUGGAGCUCUGAGUGCUCACGUGUGCACACCAGACAGAUCCAAUGGACUUUCCUUUCCCUCCUUCCCUUUCCAAGGCCAAGUUAGGGGCCGUGGACAAAGGGGUUUUAGGCGGUAACUGGAACUAGGUCUAGGGUGGUUUCUUGGGAGUCCUUCCAGUCUAGGGAGCCAAGCGUGGGCCAGCCUCUGGAAGGCCUUGACUUAGUGAAGCUAUCCUUCACCUAAACACCACUGGAUUGCUGGAGCUGUAAUCUGCUGUAGGCUGCCAACCCUGCAGACCUACAGCCCCUCCACAACCCUUACAAGCUCUGGGCCUACCCCAGUAUCCUACCUAAGUCAGUGUAGAGGGGAGUGUCUGACAGAGGAAGCUUUGUGAUCACUGAGACAAAACACCUGCUUGGCUUUCCCCCAGUCCAGCCCAUUUCUGUGACUGCUGGGGUGGAAGCCACAAAGGUAGUCUCUGUACCCCAUGAGUGAGGGGUGGCUAUACCCAGGUGUAGUGACAUACACGUGCAGUACAGGUUAGUGUUGCAUAUGGCUGUGGUGCUGUCUGUUGAGGGUGCCCCCACGGUUACCUAUUAGGGCUUCCUUCCUGUCCUGCUCUGUAGCUUACUCAAGCCUCCUUGGAAGCUGGUGUGGCCCUUCACACUCAUAUCCGCAUCCUCCGAGUGCAGGGGCCCAGCCAAGGGCAACAGGCUUACUCAAAACAGCCCUGGGAGCACCCUGGAAGAGGUAGCCUGCUCCCUGAGGUCCUGGAAAUCUGCUUAUCCCUGUCAGGACUAAGGCUGUCAUAUGACCUAUAAGGUGUGUACCUUACCCUAGAGACAGGCAAGCAUGAGUUUAGUCACUUGUGAGAGUGUACACUUAAGACAGUAGUUGCCUGAGCCUCUACUGUCUUGACCUAGAUGGAGUUUAAUAUUCAGUACCAUUGCUUUGUGAGUCAUAGACCAGAGCCCACGGCCAACAAGCCUUUAGCUUCUACUGCCGUGGGCAGUAAACCCCACUGGGGGUGGGGGUGGCAGCUGAGCAGAAGUAGGUGGGGCACAGUGAAGUGGAGGAGAAGCCAGACACUGGGACUGAACCUCAGAGGUACAGGACUUACUGAUACAUCAGUGACGUGCAGUGAAUUGCUGUAAUUGGCCAGAAGCCUGAGUGGUUGGUUUGGGCUGCGCCCUCUGGUGGCUGCGUGCAGCACUACUUUCUGAAGGACCUUGCUGGACAUAUACUUAGUCAAAGCUGACCAUGGGGGCGUGGGGGGCGGCUUUCACUGCUUGGGUGGAAUAGCAGAUUGGCCCCACCCCUACCCUGCAGUCCCAUAAACAGGAGUGCCCCUGAACCAGCCAAGCUUAGUGAGAGGACUGGCAGAGGUAUGGGCUGGCACACAGCUCCUGGAGCAACACAGCUUCAAGGCUUCUUUAGCCCUAAGGUUCUUACCCUACAGUCAACACCCUCUAACCCAGUGGUUCACAACCUGUGGGUCAGAACUUCAGGGGUGAAACAACCCUUUCACAAGGAUCACCUAUAGCCAUUGGAAAACACAGAUUUAUGAUUCAUAGUUACAAAUUUCACAUUUAUAAAAUUACGUAAUUACAAAGUUA